AUGCUGGUAAUGACAUUUGGAGCCGCAUGCUCGCCUUGCACGGCCCAGUAUGUUAAAAAUAUUAACGCACUUGAGCACCGCGAAAGCUGUCCAAGAGCCUACGACUCUAUCACAAAGCAUCACUAUGUUGAUGACUUCGUGGAUAGUUUCGACAACGUUAAAGAAGCCAUUAAAGUUGCCAAUGAAGUCAGACGUAUUCACAAGAAUGCCGGGUUUGAACUACGCAACUUUUCUUCAAAUUCCCUAGAAGCCAAAAUCGCCCUAAAUGGUUAUAAACCGGAACAACUGACAAAUAGCCUAGUCACAUUAGCAGUAGAACGCGUGCUUGGAAUGUAUUGGCAACCAAGUAGCGACGUAUUUAGUUACACUCUCAAAUUUAACAACGUGGACGCUGAAGUCAUCAGUGGACACAAACGACCGUCGAAAAGAGAGCUACUAAGCAUAGUCAUGUCAGUAUUUGACCCGCUUGGAUUUUUAUCCAAAUUUAUGGUCAACGCAAAAUUGUUGGUGCGCGAAUCGUGGCGUUACGAAUUGCGGUGGGAUGAGCCUCUGCCUGAACCUAUAUGUCAAGAGUGGGACAAGUGGCGCCGUCAGUUGAAAAAUGUAUUGAAUUUUCGAGUCCUUCGUCACUAUUUCGCCCGUGGACCACCUGCCGAAGUGCAACUUCACAUCUUCGUAGAUGCCAGUGAAGAUGUAUUUGCAGCCGUAGCCUACUGGAGAGUAACGUAUACAGAUAACAAAGUUUGCGUCGUACUCGUAUGUGCCAAAACGAAGUGUGCUCCACUAAAUCCAAUGACUAUUCCACGCCUUGAAUUGCAGGCAGCCGUCUUAGGAACACGACUGCUAGAGACUAUCGUCAGAGAUCAUUCAGUUGCAAUCAAAAAACGCGUGAUGUGGAGCGAUUCCAAAACUGUUCUGAGUUGGAUUGGAUCGGGAACUCGUCGCUACAAACCAUUCGUAGCACAUCGUGUCGCAGAAAUUCUCGCCGCUACCGACGCUAACGACUGGCGUUGGAUACCGUCAGAGAAGAACGUUGCUGAUGAGGCAACAAGACCAAGUACGACAUUCGAUAGUCAUCCAACUUCACGAUGGCUAAAUGGACCAUCAUUUUUAACAGAAGAAGAAGUAGCCUGGCCUACGUCUGAAGGAAUCCCUGAUCUGUUAGAAGAAUGUGAAGAGCUUCGCCCGAAAUUUGUAAUGCUAGCCGCGCCGUCAUGUGUUAUAGACAUGACAAGAUUUUCAAGUUUAACUAGGCUAAAGCGAACGGUCGCUUGGGUCAUCCGAUUUAUAGAUUUGUGUCGUCACAAAAAAGUGGAAGGGUGCCUGAACGCCGAGGAAUUAAAAGUAGCCGAAAUUUUCCUAUGCCGCCUUGCCCAAUAUGCCUCGUACUCACUUGAGAUUAAUCAAUUGAAAGAAGGCGGAAAUGUAGAGAAGGGGUCUGAGUUAUACACACUCUCCCCGUUUAUCGGGCACUCAACACUUUAUUUAACCGGCAAAUGUUUAAUAAAAUAG